UGAAGGAGCUGAAAUUGUGGCUCAAAGUGAAGAAUGAGAUUAACUACCUAUAGAUUGCACCAGUUUACUGAAAUAAAGAAUAACACCAGUUCCAAAUUUUUUGAUAGCACAAGCGGCUAACAAUUACAUGGCAGAACUGGGAUAAAAACAUCCUACACAGAUGCCUACAAGAACCGGAAUUCAUACUCUGCCUGACCUGGAUACCACUGAGUUCAUACUCUGCUAUACACCUGGAGCUAACAAUGGACCGUAACUUCUACAGGUAAAUAAAUACAUUUAAACACGACCAGGACAGCCCUUCCAUGUGCCACACCGGAGACAAACUACAGAAUGACUCCUGGCACCCCGGGCAUCUCAUCGGCCAGACUGACACAGCUGGAUUGACAUCCCCUCAGCUGGGUCGACGCUGGAAUCAAGACUGAUAACCUCUUUUUCAUCUUUGUUUCUUUAAUUCAUCUUUCCCUUUUUAAUUACUCUCUUCUCUUUCACCCUGCCCCUUUAUCCAAAACCCACUGCCGUGUGCUUAUACAGCAGGUCAGGGACUAAUGUAUUCAUUUCUUUGCCAAGUGUGUAAUGCAUUUGAUAAAACUUUCCGCUUUUUUGCGACCCCUCUGACUUUUGUCGUUCCUUUCAUACAACGAACAUUUACGAAUCUCGGGUGAUUCUUUUCCUUUAACAGUGGGUCUUCACAGGGACGCCAACAGAGGAUUCAGAAAUUCUUUUUCACCAUUUAGUGGGGGCUCUAAGUGUUUGUUCGCAGCUUCCGUAAUCUGAAGUGAUAAUUCCCUCUCUUCCCCGUACCAAAACAAAAUAAAAAGAAAAUAACCAAGCUUUGAGAGAACUUUCAGUAAAAGGAAACACAGCAGCUCUCUCUGAGGCGACUCCUCGGCCGGCGCGCUCUCCGCCGCCGAGGGGCCCGCUCCGAGCGGCGCUCGCCAUUGGCUGCCGAACAUUGCCGAGUACUGUCGUGCUACUCCGGCGCGGCGCCGGAGGCGGCGGGGAGGGGAGCGACCGGCUCGAGCACGGCGCGGUGCAUUGUGGGGCGGGAGAGGAGAGUCACUGCUCAGGCAGGGCCGCCAUCUUGGCUGCGUCCGGACUCGCUCCCGCUCCCGGGGCCUGUUCCUUUUCCUCGCAGCGCAAAGCGGUGGAAAGGGAGAAGACGAAGGGCCCGCCCGGGCGGUGCUGAUGCGCGCAGAACCUCCUCGCACCUCUCCCGGGCGCCGCUAGCAAAGGGGGCGGGGGUGGUCGAGCGGUCGCCGGCGCGGCCUCUCCUCUGCUCUGUCGGGAUGGGUCGGUCCCGCAGCCGGAGCUCGUCCCGCUCCAAGCACACCAAGAGCUCCAAGCACAACAAGAAGAACCGGAGCCGAUCGCGGUCCCGCUCCCGAGAAAAGGAGCGGGCAAGAAAGCGCUCCAAGUCCCGGGAGAGCAAGCGGAACCGACGCCGGGAGUCUCGGUCCCGCUCGCGGUCUAACACGGCCCCCUCCUCCCGGCGCGACCGGGACCGGGACCGCGACCGCGCCUCCUCCCCCCCCGACCGUAUCGAUAUCUUCGGGCGCACGGUGAGCAAGCGCAGCAGCCUGGACGAGAAACAGAAGCGGGAGGAGGAGGAGAAAAAAGCGGAGUUCGAGCGGCAGCGGAAAAUUCGUCAACAAGAAAUUGAAGAGAAACUCAUAGAAGAAGAAACUGCUCGAAGGGUGGAAGAACUUGUAGCUAAACGCGUAGAAGAAGAGUUGGAGAAAAGAAAGGAUGAGAUUGAGCGAGAGGUUCUCCGCAGGGUGGAGGAGGCUAAGCGCAUCAUGGAAAAACAGUUGCUCGAAGAGCUCGAGCGACAGCGACAAGCUGAACUUGCAGCACAAAAAGCCAGAGAGGAAGAAGAGCGUGCAAAGCGUGAGGAACUAGAGCGAAUACUAGAAGAGAAUAAUCGAAAAAUUGCAGAAGCACAAGCUAAACUGGCUGAAGAACAAUUGAAAAUUGUUGAAGAACAAAGAAAGAUUCAUGAGGAGAGGAUGAAACUAGAACAAGAGAGACAGCGUCAGCAAAAGGAAGAGCAAAAAAUUAUCCUGGGCAAAGGAAAGUCUAGGCCAAAACUGUCCUUCUCCCUAAAAAGCCAGGAUUAAAUUUCAACUCUGAACUCUUAAAAGAAAAAAAGAAGCAAACAAAAAACAACAAAAAAGGAAAACAAAAAAAACCUUUGUAUGGUAGCUUCAUGUUGAAGUGUUUUUUUGUUUUUUUUUUCUUUCUCUCAAGUUUUUUUGGUUUUUUUUUUGGUUUUUUUGGUUUUUUUGUCUUUUUUGAAAGUUGGAAAGUUAGCUUGUUCUAAUAGGGGCUGUGCUCUGCAAUUCUUAUUUUUUUAAAACUUCCAUUAAGUUAAACCCUUAUCAGAUCAUCAUUGCCUUUUAGAGGGUAAUCUGUUUUCAUCAAUUUUGUUUCCAUACUGGUGGUCUGAAGCAACUCGUGUCACUUUAUGAACUGUGGAUGAUCUGAUAAGGUUUUACUGACCUACUCAUCAGAGUUUGACUCUGAUAAUUGACAGAACUUUAUACUGGGUAUUGCUGACUUUUAAUGUUUUUAUUUUAAAGUCAGUAAAUACAUGAGUAAAUUGCCAUAGUAUUACUGGACCUCUGUGGUUUAUUGUUAAAUCAGUGUCCUAUGAUACUGUCCCGUUGUUGCGCUUGAUGUUCCUGAUACAGGUAAGGAAAUAGUUUGUCAUUUCUGCUAUGAAUACAUAGAGAGAAUUCAGUAUUGUCUCUGUUAGAUUUGUUUUUAUUACAUUGACAGCAUUCAACCAGCGUUCCCCAUUGUGUAAAUAAACCAAUUUGCUGAAUAAAGUGAAAGUCUUAAAUUCGUA